ACGAGCAGCUCGGAGGAGGCGGGCCGCCUGCUGCAGCUGGUGCUCGGCGUCGCCGUCAACUGCUCUCGCAAGCAAGAGUACAUCGAGUCGAUCCAGGAGCUGGAGCCGACCGUGCAGGCGGUGCUGAUGGCCGCUAUUCAAGAGCUGAUGUCGCGCGGCGGCUCGGGCAGCUCGCUGCUCGAUCCCUCGCUCGACGUCGGCUGCCUGCCUGAGCUCGCCUCCGAGCUCGAGGUCAUCAAGGACGAGCGCCACAAGAUCCAACAGCGCUGCUACGAGCUCGACAACCAGAUCGUGAUGCUGCAGGACGAGAAGUCGAUGCUGCGGGCCGAGAACCAGAAGCUGCAGGAGCGGCUGCGGCUGCAGCAGGAGCUGCCGGACGCAUCGACCGGCGGCGAGGGCCCCGAGCAGCGGCAGCGCUACAAGCAGCUGCGCGAGAAGCUGGCCGCCGCCGAUGAGGAGAUCUACAAGCUGGAGGCCACGCGGGAGGAGCUGCGCAGCAGGUGCGACGUGGUGGAGAAGGACCUGCGGGAGACGCAGACCAAGAACGAGGAGCUCCAGCGCAUGGCGGACGAGACGCGCCGACUCCGGGAUGAGCUGGAGAUCCUGCGCGACCUGGCGUCCAAGGUGCCGCAGUACGAGGCCAAGCUGGACACCUACCAGAAGCGGCUGCAGGAGAUGGGCGACCUGCGUCGGCAGAUCAAGCUGCUCGAGGAGAAGAACACCGACUACAUGCAGCAGAACAUGGAGCUGGAGGAGGAGCUGAAGAAGUCGGGCAGCUACCGACCGCAGCUGGACCUCUACAAGAAACAAGUGGGCGAGCUGCACGACCAGCUGGCCGAGGAGACCAAGAAGCGCGACAAGGCCGAGUUCGACCUGCGCAAGCUGGCCGAGAAGAUGGCCGCCCUGCAGAGCGAGAAGGAGCGGCUGACGGAGGAGCGCGACAAGCUGCGCGAGGUCAACGACGAGCUGAAGCUGGCGCAGCUGCAGCUGAGCGGCGCGCCGUCGCCGCUGGGCGCCCGGCUGGCCGACGGCGGCUCGCCCUCCGACGUGGGCGCGCUGGAGCAGAUCCCCACCGACGUCAAGGAGAAGCUGCUCCGGCUGCAGCACGAGAACCGGCAGGACCAGGAGGAGGCGUACCGCGCGCUGCUGGACGACCUGCGCGCGCGCGAGACCUCGCUGCAGGCUGAGAACAGGCGGCUGAACCAGCGCAUCCUGGAGCUGCAGUCGCAUCUGGAGGAGGGUGGCGGCUCGGAGCGCGCGGCCCCCUCCACCAGCCGCCUGUACUCGCUCGAGCAGGAGCUGCAGAACAAGACGAUGCAGAUCGGCGAGAUGGAGAUCCGGCUGGCCGAGCAGGCGGCUCGCACGCAGGAGCAGCAGGAGCAGCUGUCCCGCCGCGACGCCGAGAUGGCCGCCAUGGAGGAGCGCUACAAGAAGUACCUGGAGAAGGCCAAGUCGGUGAUCCGCUCGCUCGACCCGAAGACGGCCGGCUCGGCCAGCUCCCCGGACGUGUCCGUACUGCGUCAUCAGCUGGCCGAGAAGGACCGCCUGCUGGAGGUGAUGGAAAAGGAGAGCGAGAAGGCGAAGUCGAUCCGCGAGGCCGAGGAGCGGCUCAUCACCACCGCCUUCUACAACUUCGGCUCGCAGAUCCACCGCCAGGCGGUGGAGCAGCGUCUCUCGAACAUCAGCGGCGGCCAGUCGUCCUUUCUGGCCCGGCAGCGGCAGGCCAACACGCGCCGUCUCCACGGCAACAGCGAGUUUUACGACUACUAGCGCCACCUAUCGGGCUCGCCGGCUAUUGCCCGCGCGCCCGCGAGCUUCGUCGAACUCCCGGCCUCCGACCUUCCGCUGACCUUGAGCCUCCCACGCCGAAAAAGCGGCCGUGUUUUAAUCGGUUUUAGUUUUACGGUCCCAUGUCGGGCCACCGGGCGUUUGUUGCCGUCUUUAACACCGUUGGUUAGGUUUUAAUUCCAGUCCGAGGCGCGUUCGUUUUGUCCUCGGGCGUGCUCGUUGUUGGAGGCCGCCUGCGGACCGUCCCUUUCAGGCGGACCUUUGGGGGCCUCGAACAGUGCCUUGCCGGCCUGGUUCGCCUGGGCGUGUGGUCACCCAGAAGGAACGAUGGACUGAUGCGUGGUGACGAAAUGGCCGUGUUGCUUUCUGGAUGAUCACCAUUUGGUAUUGCACUUGCGCGUCUUAUCUGGUCGGUGCUGGUCUGAACACGUGGAUUGCCCUGCUGUUUAGGAGUGGAAAUGAUUCAGGUCGUGUAACAGACGACUCAUGCACCAUACGUGAUCGUGCUGUCGGGUGCGUGCAUGCCAGGUGAUUUUAUCGCACGCGUUGUAUGUGGAUCGCAUUAUCGCAGCUUUACCGCGGCGGAUCCGGGAGUUACCUUGUAUGUGAUUCGCUACCGCUCGGCUCGCCACCUAAUCAUGAACGCUGUUUGAGAAUAUAUUUUCAAUUGCAUGCCGGACAUAUCAUUCCUUAACUACCUGAAACGGGAGGUAUCGUCAAUAAACUGCGUUGUGAAG